ACCUUUUUUGCCCACGAAGGGUUUGGCGAAUGUUCACCCCCUUUCGUCGAAGGGACUCGGACAAAGCUGCCGCAAGCAGCGAGUAUCUGCCAGGCGGUCUUGUUGGAGAUGCGACUCUGAGAAUGGUAGCAGCUCAGAAUGCCAUGACCUCGCAACCCAAUAGCAUAAACGUGUCGAAACGAGAGACAGUUGAAUUCGUGAGGAGAUGCCUUGCUACUACUAGCAGCAUACCUAAGGGGAGACGAUUGGAUGCUUUAGUGGGCCUUGAAAGGCUGGACGAGAAUUUCCACACAGCGAUAUGCAUUCGUACGGCAUUUGCAGCGUCGAAUAGAUGCUUUCAUUUCCCCAGCAUUGGAAACCCAUCUUCGCUUGACGCAGGAUUCCGCUGUUGCUUCAAAUCUAGAAAGAGUUGUCCCUGCCGUCGUGGAACAGAUUAUGACCUCGCCGGACUAUGCCGCAUUGGUUGCAGAAGUCACUGAUGAAGCGGCGGCCACUGUGACCGACAUUUUGCAUUCUGAGAACACUUUGAAUGCCAUUCCUGCAAGAAACGAAGAGCCCUGGCAGCCACGCACUUCUGAAAACAGGCGGGCGAGCUUUGAUUUCUCCACUCAGAGCAAUUCAACGAAUGACAGCACUUGUGGCUCACUCUCCUUGACGCAUUCGCCGGCUUUAGACGAUAUUCGCACGGUGACGUCGAAUUUGCUGGCGCAUAACUCGGUCGACACCCGAGUGGCCGCGAUUCACAGACUUGCAUCGUAUCCAUCGGCAGACCUGUUAUGCGGAGAGUUUUGGAAAGAUACAAAGGAAGGUCUCGCCAUUGCCUUGAGCGACGCUGAUCCACGGGUUGUGAUUGUCGGUUUACGAGUGUUGGCCAGAGCGUUCAAGGCGGCACCGCCCCAUAUGACAGGAGAUAUUUAUCUAUGUCUGGUGAUGCAUCUAAAGAACGCAUUCACCACAGGACCACACCGCAAAAUUGCUGAUGGAUUGCUUAUUGAGGACCCAAAAGUGAAACUCACACUGAGGAAGUUUAGGCUCUUGAAUCAAUUCCAGAAGGAAAUCACGUCCUGCUGGAUCCGCUAUCCUGAAUCUCACAUUAAAGACAUCAUGAUAGCUACAUUCCAGCUUCUAAGCCCGUCGUUGUCACCAGGAAAACCUUCUGGUACCUUUCCUUCCGCCAUAAUUGAUGCGACCACAGAUACUAGUGCGUUAUACAUCACACCUUUGCAUUACUUGAGCAUUCUUGAUACACGAGCCUCGUGGUUUGAAAAAUGGAUGAUUAGCCAGUUCGGACGGUCGCAGGUCAUUUCGGCGUUCGUGGAGACCGGUCUGCUAGCGAAUUUUGCCGCUCAGUUCCUCGGGCAUGCCGCUACUUUGCUGCAUACUGCAUCUGCUCUGGCCCAAGCGUCCGAUGAAGUCCUUGUAAUGGACGUGGAAGCGACGGAGGAUCCAGAUGACCUGGCCCUGCGGAAGAAAAUUAUUAUGGAUGAUAUAAAGUAUGCACACUUCCUGCAUGUGCUUGUUGUUCUGAGCAAAUUAUCAGUUUUCGAUGGAGGAAGACAGUGUUUUCCUAUACGAGUGGAAAAGGGACUGUUGGGGAGUGGCGGACCGGCUCUCAUUGGAUUGCUCACAGAUUCAACAAAUGCGGAAUUGGAGUUUGGGGAGGGAACCUCAAUUUCUCUUUCUAUUCGCGGGUUCACAAAGAUCUUGAUUAAACUUAUGUGCCAUUGUUCAAGAGCUGGUCUUAGUGUCAAUGGGCAGGAAGACAUUGACAAGCACCAAGACGUCGAAGGAUUGAAGUUGUCCAAAUUUAUUAGUCGAUUACUAAAGGACGUGACUGUAAUUGACAAGGAGUGCGAUCAGAGGUUGUUCAAGAAUGAUAUCUUGCAAGAGUUGAUCGAACCCCUUCGACUAGUGACUGAAGGGAAGAAAGGAACACGGCUACUAGAAGAAGGCUCUCUACUUGACAUAGCCGAAACUCUGUCCAAUAUAGUAGCGACGGACGAUGGUCGACGAUUCGUUCUUCAGAUGGAAGGUGGAAACGUUUGCUCUGAUAACAACGCCGACACUAGUCUUCCUGUGCACAAAAACCCCAAUCCCACGAGCCUUUUGGAAGCCGUAGUUGCAUUAGUAAAACAAACUGUGUCCACCGCCUUCUCCUCACCGAGAUUCAUCAAGUUGGUUGGAGCUUAUGUCUUUUUCCUGCGUCAGUUAUAUCGAACGUGUGAUGGACUACGACGCUUACAGCAGUACAAGCUGCACGAGGUACUGGCAAAAACACUUGAGGAUGCAAAGUGGAAGAAUGAUCAACACGCAGACAUAUCGAUGUUGCGAAAGGAGUGGAGUGCUAUUGCCGUUGAUAAUCUGCUGAACUUUGCUGGAACGCCAAAGGGUGUUCUGCUCUUGCAACUCAGUGGCUCAAUGGUGCCAUGCGUUGCCUAUAUGUUUCAUAGAUAUGAAAAGAAGAUGCAAGUCAGCAAGUGCGAAAAGUUUGGUUAUGGGGUUUUAGUGUCGCAAAUAUCGACAACAAAACCAGGAAUGCAGGCCUUGUAUGCGACGGGAUUAAUCAGAUCCUUUUUUUCCGAUUUGUGGGCCGUACUGGAAUACGACGGCUCUCUCGACACGGCAAUACCUCAUGCGGAGCCCCUGGAUGACCACAUUACAAAGAAAAUGAUCGCAAAUUUGUUGAAAGCAUUUGCAUCUUUCCCCGGCUUGAUUGCCAUAUUGGAAGCGGAACAUGGAAAAGCGAUGGGAAAGGAGACAUUGCAUUAUCUUAUGAACUGCAUCAUAUUAGGCAAAGCUGACAACCAUGCUGGCGACGGACCGGCUGAUGUUAUUGAGGAGUCACAUUUGAUCGGAUUAAGGAUUCUGAAGCUGUUGACCUCGUCCCUGGAUUCCUUUAUUCUCUUACAGUCAUAUUUUAAAUUCCAAGAGUCUCUUCUUGCGAUGCAGAGAUUUGCCCAUACUGAUGGAACAUCCACAUGCGUCAUCGACGAAGCCACUCUAUUGAGAACACAUAUACUCGUAGCCACUUACGCAGUCGGCGGACCAGAGGAACGCAUCCUACCUCCCACGCAACUGCACGAAGCCUUGAGCAGAGCCACCUGUAUGGUCACCCAGUUUCCUAUCCCAAAGCAAUACAUGCCGGACAGAACUAUACAAUCAGUAGCCUCGCUACGAGCAUGUUCAGAACUACGGGAAGCCGCAUUCAAACUCGAUACUAGCCCGACUGAUAUCGCACUAAGCGACAUGCAGAAAACAGCAUGGAAUCUUAUUAGGAACGGAGCCCUCAGUGCCGAUUAUUUGGGAUUGGGCUCUGUUUUGCUAGAAAUUCAGCGGGCUCUCAAAAAACUACCGGAAUCCAAAAGGGCGGCGUUCGGCUGGAAUUUGCUGCCAAACGGCAUAGGGCCGGAUGGCAAUGUGAAAGUCACCUGCGAGGUUACAGAGUGCGACAUAAUAGGUGUUCGUUUAGCGACUCGUUACGCUAUGCGAUACCUUCCUUCGAAGUCCGAAGAAGCGGUGCAUCAAGAUCUGACGGAUUUGCUGCAGCGCUGCAGAAGCAUGCUCAAGUCGUACCGCAUCCCACAACCGAUGCUCGGCAGCGCUGACACGGGAUUUAACGGAUUUGACUGGUUCUUAUCCACCAUGUACAUCCUCACUGAUGGAAAUGUGUCCACGGUGACGGAAUUCGCUAUAGGCUUUCUUACUUUUAUGCCGUCCAUGUAUGUCUGGCCGCAGCGAUCGUAUGGAUGUACACCUUCAACUGGAGACCGGGUUGAGAUACCGUUGAUAUAUUCGACAUGCUGUCAUUUGAUAGAAUGGAUUCUUGAGACAGAGCUUCCCAGCGUGUUUUCUGCAUUCACCCUCAGUGGAUGUACACCAAGCCAGAUAUGUCAACGUUGGCUUCGAGAAUUAUUUUGGAACGUGCUUCCACUCUCCGAAAUCGCCAAUUACGUUCUACUCUGUAUGGCUUUAGGCAUCGAUUAUCAAGUGUACUAUUGUAUUUCUCUCCUCCGCCAUAACGCAUCUCAUGUGUUGCGCGCGACAAGGGAGCAAGAGUUGAUCACCUUUUUGAACGAAGGGCACCACGUUGGGGCCUUGUUUAGCACGGGACAAUACCUAAUGUACAUGGGAGACUUGGAGAAGAAGUAUAGACAUAUCGUUCUUCAAGAAAUGACAAGCGCUGUGGGUCUUCAUUGAGGUUGUAUUUAAUCAGUGCGUCGCCUUACAUCAAUUCGUCGAAUCUAUUUACAAAUUACAUUACAAACAUUCUCAUCCGC